AUGAGCAAAAAAACUUUGAAUAAAUCAAAGAAACCCGUUAGAUCAAAUCCAAAAUUGUAUGUUGACGUAGAAAAAAGAUGGUAUGCUAUAAAACUUUCAAACUUAGAAGACUCUCAUCAAUCUUUCACAAACAAUAAUAACAAUAGCACAGACAAACACACAGAAGCAAAGAAAUUACUGACAGAAGAGAAUGAAAGAUAUGAAACAAAUUUUAGACAAAAAUUAUCAUCAGAUGAUCGUAAUUUUUAUACAACAAUGUUAAAAUCUGGUACAUUAAAUGAUAAAUUAUCAACAUUAUCUAUUCUGGUCGAUGAGUCUCCGCUUCAUUCUGUAAAAUAUUUUGAGACAUUACUUGCAAUGGCAGAAAAAAAAAGUAGAAAUGAAGCAGUUCAAUCAAUAUUCACUAUAAUGAGUUUAAUGAUUGAAUCAGUUUUACCUGAUAGAAAACUUAAGCGAUCGUUGGCACAUGAUGUGUUGGAUCAUGUAAGACAGCAAAUGGUUAAAAUAAUUUUUACAUUGUAUAGAGAUAAAACAGAACAAGAACAAAAUUUAUUAAGACUAUUAGUAUUUAAAUUGGGGGAUUCAGACCGUAAAGUGGCAUCUAAAGCUUCAUUUAUGAUAAAUCAACUUUAUGAAUCACAUCCAAAAAAGAAAUUAGAUGUAAUAAAAGAAAUAGAACAAUUAAUAUUAUCACCUGGAGCAAAUCAUCACACACAAUAUUAUGGAAUAAUAUCAUUAAAUCAAACCAUCCUUAAAAACCAUGAAAAGGAUGUUGCAAAUAAAUUGAUUGAAAUUUAUUUUGAUCUUAUAGAUUCAAAAAUGGUGUCAGCAAUAUUAACAGGAAUUAACAGGGCAUUCAAAUUCGCUAAAGUAGAUGAUAACAUGUAUAAAGAAAAUAUUGAUAUAUUAUUUAAAUUUACUCAUAUUGGAAAUUUCAAUAUAAGUAUACAGGCAUUAAUGUUAAUAUAUCAAGUAUCAUUAACAAAAGAAGAAUUUUCUGAUAGAUUUUAUCGAACACUUUAUGAUUCAUUACUUGAUCCACGUCUAAUACAUUCCUCCAAACAAGCAUUGUACUUGAACCUUUUCUUUAAAGCUUUGAAAAAUGAUAAUCUGAUUAGUAGAAUACAAGCUUUUCUCAAAAGACUAGUACAAAUAUGCAAUCAUCAACAACCACAUUUUAUUUGUGGUGCUUUUUAUAUGAUUGCUAAUGACAGGAUAUAUGAUGGUCGUAAAAGAGAUCCAAAAUAUUGCAAUGCAGAUCAAACUUGUAUCUGGGAAUUGUGUUCAUUUCUUGAUCAUUUCCAUCCAACUGUUUCGCUAUAUGCAAAAAAUAUAAUCACCAACAUAAAAAUUAACUCACAACCAGAAAUUCAUUUACACACACUGACUCAUUUCUUGGAUAGAUUUGUUUAUCGUAAUCCUAAAAAAAAUGAUAGCGUCAAAGGUGGUGGAAGCGUUCUACUACAACCUAGCGUCAAAGCUAUUUCAGAACAAGGUAUGGUUGUUAUGAAAAAAGGUGCAGGAAUCGGUAAGGAUGAAUUGAAUGUUAAUUCGGAAGAAUUUUGGAGGAAAAAACUGGAUGAUGUGCCUGCUGAUCAAGUAUAUACAAUGAUACUUGCCGAUGAAAAUGUUGGAUCAGACGAAGAAGAAGAAAUCGAGAAAGAAAUUUGGAAGGCAAUGAAACAAGAUAUUGAAUUAGAAGAUGCUAUGAGUAUUUCGUCUAAUGAUGAUGAUGAUGUGAAUGAUAUAAGCGACGUGAGUGAUAUGAGUGAUGGCGACGAUGUGGAAAUGAUUGAGAAAAAUGCUAGCAGUGAUGAUAAACAAAAACGAGAAAAAACUCGUAAUACAAUUACAACUGAAAAUUCAUAA